UGCCAUGGGGAGCGUCACCCUGCAGUACCGCAUCCAGGACCAGACCUACAAGGAGACGCUGCAGUUCCCCCUGCAGCCACAGGAUGGAGACAGGUGACAGCAACGCUCCUGUGACCCCCAUUACCCCCAGGCUGCCCGUUCACCGGCUGGCAGCCAAGUCGCUGCUGCUGGAGCUGGAGGAGGCCGUGGACACCGGGUUGGAGGGAGACUGGCGCCGGGCGCUGGAGACCAGCCUGAGCUCGGGGGUCGUCUGCUCCCUCACGGCCUAUGUGGGGGUGGACACAGAGCGGGGGCAGCCGGUGCAGGGGCCGCUGGUGAGAUGGGACAUCCCGCUCCCAGGGUUUGAUUUGAUGUCAGGCCAUUUGCAGUACAAUGCACCAUACACCUUUGCAGGAGUCAUUCGCCUGGACAAAGGCAACCAACGCUCCACCAGGAUGGUGGCUGUGGAGGACGUGCACCACUUCUACAAGCAGCUCCCCCCUCCGAAGUGUCUGUCCUGGCUCUAUCGCCUCUCAGAGUUCAUCCGGAGGAGCUCCCGACAUGAGGGCAGCAAGUCCUGCAAACACGGCGCCCCUCCGGAGACCGCGCCCCAGGAAGAGGGGGCACCGGAGGAGUAUCUCCUGCUGAGGCUGGUGUCUCUUCAGAAUGCUGAUGGCUCGUGGGACCUGGACUCCCGGCUGGCUGCUGCACUGGGAGUGAGCGAGACCGACGCCAGGGGGAGGAUGCCCAGUAAGGACGUGCCCCCCAACGUCUGGGCCACGGUGCUGGCCGUGGUCUGGCUGCAUGGCCGGGCCGCGGGGCAGCGCGACGAGUGGGAGCUGCUGGAGGCCAAGGCUGUGGGCUGGGUGCGGGGCCAAGCAGGGCCCCAGCUGAGCGAAUGCCUGGAAGCUGCCAACACCCUGCUGGGAUGCACUGUUGGCUCUGCCAUCUUCAGGCUCUGAGCCCCCCUGCAGGAUCCGCGUUCCCACCCCCUAAGCUACCCUAACUCCAGCUGGGAAGCCCCAAAGGUCAGAAGGGGGCACUGGGUGUAGACCCACCUGACCGGCCUGUGCCCAGCCCGGAGCUAAGCCCCCGCUGAGAUCCCACCACUGCCACCAAUUUGGCUUCUGCUGGCUGAAGAGGCUCCAUGGCUGUCCCCUGGCUCCACCCCAUGCUGACCCAGUGUUCAGUAACCCCCACACAGCUCACAGCUGCCACCUCCUCUCAGGAUUUUGUGGGGGAGUCCUCUGGAUCGCCCAUGUCAAUGUCGCACAUUUAUUCGCUUUUUCCAAAUGACCCUCCAUUGGUGGCUGCACUGACCUCGCCCUACAUGAGCCAUCGAGUGUAAACCUAGUCCCAUCUACAUGGAGUUCAGCUAUUUGACAGACAGACUGACAGGAUCUUGGCGUGUCCAAACACGACUUCAUUUGGUCAUAAUGGCAGAUAUCUCUUUGAUAGACCGUCCGGAACGUGAACCGUAGCUCAGGGAUUUGCACACAUUAUUGAUUUGCUCUAUGUCCAGAGCAGAGCUGGUCUGACGUUUUCCAGCUGAACAGUGUUCAGUUGGCAGCUGAGAUUCAGUGGGAAAGGCUGACAGGUGGAAGUGGGCAUCAGAGAGAGGAUGCUGUGUGUUCUGAAUCUGUCCCCAUUCACCAGCUGCUGAAUUCUCUACCAAAGGAAGAAAUGCUUAAAACCUGGCCAUCCAUCCUGACGGCCCACCUUGCGCAGUGGCAGGCUCUUCUCAGGACGUCCUGGGGCUCAAGCAAACACUGGAAGAGCUCAGCUCUUUAAUUCCCCAGGGAGAAAGUGUUACGUUUAUCAAGGAACUGCCCGAAAAUAGCAAAGCAGCAAACAGUUUUCCCUCUUCGCGUUAACCAGCGUCGACCCCCCUCGAACUGCUCUCACCACGUGCCUCUAUGCUGGGUCGUGUCCCUAGUUCAGCCUUUCCGUGUCUGAGAAGGCAGCUCAGCCAAUGUAAUGCACAGUCCCCAGAUCCCAUCGCCGCCCCGUGCCCCUCAUUGCACGGAGGCUCUGGGGAAGGAUCAGGAGACCAGGUGUUUGAUCGAUUGCCUUGAGCCAGCACUGGGAAGGAACGCAGCCCUUUGGCUGAGAUUCCCCCCAAGGGGCAGAUGGAACUCAGAGAUCCUAAUUCUCACGACCCAUUGUGAACAGUGGGACUUAGAUGCCAUUGGUGACAUCCUGGCUCCAAUGAAACCAAAUGGUCUUUUGUCUUCCACUCCAGCAAGUGCAGAAUUUCAGCCCGAGUCUUUUCAGUGGCCUUUAGAUAAACUCCAUCGACAGAAGCUGGUUGCCUAGUUCCCAUAGGCUCCUUUGGAAAGCCCAGUUAGCAGCUGACUUCAGUGGCCUCCGAGGCAGGCCCUGUCUAUAUACCUGAGCCUUUAGAGAGAGAGAGAGAAGAUCCAAAUGCAGAAUAACACCAUCAAGUCAUACGACUGUCUGUACUCACACGUCCGUGGCCUCACGUGGUGUAGCACAGCCAGUAAUGUCUGAACAGUCCAACAUGUAAUGCUCUGUCUGUGCCCAUCUGGUCCCCGGUUCCUAGCUGCUCCGCUUGGCCCUGGGUUGGCUUUGGGUGAUAGGGACUAGAACAGGGGCCUGACCCAUGGCGUUCCUGGGUUCUGCUCUGGUUCCUGGAGUCAGAGAUGGCCUCGGGGGUCGAGCGGGGGGGCUGGGACUCAGGAAUCCUGGCUUCUCCUGUGGUAAAAGCGUCACAGACACUAAACAGAUGUAAACACACUGAGUAGAGCAGGAGUCACCCUCAGUCUUACAGGGCCUUAGUGGGCCAGAGUCUUUCCCACCCUUCUGCCAGGAUGCAGGCCCCAUGGCUAGAAGGUCCUGGCUAUGUGAUGGGUCUGUGUGAGUUCCUGCUCAUCCUUUCAGAGCCAAAGGCCUUUCUUUAGUUCCUCGGUUCUGGAAAGUCAGCCUGGCCUAGUCUGUGUGACCCGCCCCGAGGGCGUGGAACUUCUCUGGAGCCCUGUCUCUAGCAGCAUGUCUGGAUGGCAUCAGAAACCCAGGCUUGGAGACAAGGGGCUUCCAAGUGCUUGAGCGUCUGCACUGCAUGGGAAGCCUGGGUGUGUGUGCUUGCUGGACCUGGCUCUCAUGGCUGUGCUUAUACAUCCACACUGCGCUGCACAGACUCUGGAAACAACAAGGCUCGGACCCAUGUCUCAGCUGGAUUUGGGCUCUGCCCCACCCCCCUUCACUGCAGCGUAGGGCCCUGAGUGCUGGCGGUGCUGAGUCAAUUACUGACCCAGAAAUGGUUCUGAACAAGAAACGGCUCAUAUCAAAUAGCUAGUUCACGUCUCCUCUUGCGGUGAGUCGGGCAGGGGGAACCUAGGUUAGCCUGAGAGGUGUUUGUCCGGCCUGUUCUUAAAAUCCUCCAGUGACAGGGACUCCGCCACCUCCCUGGGCAGCCUGUUGCAGAGCUUCACUCCCCUGAGAGUUAGAAAGUGUUUCCUGAUAUGUCGCCUCAAUCUGCCUUGCUGCAGAUUCAGUUCAUUACGGCUUGUCCUACCUUCAGGGGACAAGGGGAACAACUGAUUCCCGUCCUCUUUAGAACCAGCCAUAAGGUAUUUGCAGACUAUCAGGUCACCCCCAAGUCUUCUGUUCUCAAGACUAAACAGGCCCUGGUUUGUUUGUUUUUUAAUCUUUCUUCCUAGGUCAGGUUUUCUAAACCUUUGCUCACUUUUUCUGCUCUCCUCUAGACUCCUCCAAUUUAUCCACGUCUUGCCUAAAAUGCGGCGCCCAGAACUGCAGCUGGGGCCUCACCAGCGCCGAGUGGAGCAGGACAAUUCCCUGCCGUGUCCUAUCUACGACCCUCCCGUUAAUACAGCCCAGAGUGAGAUUAGUGUUGCUAGGCCUGUGUUACACAGGAGGGGCAGAGGAGAUGGUCACGUUGAUCAAGGCCAGGAGAGCCCAGUCAGUCAUCUCCUCCUGUCCAGUACCUGUAAUGCAGCUUCUAUCUCAUUCCUUAGCCAUUGCUGCCCUCUGGUGACCACAUGAAGGAACCAGAAUUCCACCACCAUCAGCCUUGUUCUCCAUCUUUGCUCAUUACCGGUUCGCUUCCAAACGCUUCUCUCCCAUUUGUCAGUCCAAACGGCUACACACCAAGGGCUGGUUGGAUCGGUUCGCAGGGUGCCAGGCACCCGCACAGAUUUGCCUUUGUAUUGUUAAUUCACCAGCAGGUAAUGCACGUAGGUGCCAGUCCUAGUGAGAUGGGGGCCCAUAGGAGUUUGGCCUUUGAUCUCAGCGGGGACAGGUUUUGCAACCGCUGUCUAUCUAGGAAGGUAAAUGCUUCUGAUCACUGUAAGAGUUGAGCAGGGAUGAUGUGAUUCCAAUGGAGCUACAACCAAAUCACGUCAACUGAGGAUCUGGCCCAGUGACCCCAAUGGCACGACGACUGAUGGACACCAGAUGAGGAUCUGUCCCACAGAGCUUAAGUUGAGAUUUUCCAGUUCUGACUAGGGGAUUUGGACACACAAUUCCCAUGAAAUUUAGUCUGAAAACCUCAACCUAAGUGACCCGCUCAGAGGCACCCAGGGAGCAGGAGCGGCUCCAGGCCCCAGCACGCCAAGCAUGUGCUUGGGGUGGCAAGUCAUGGGGAACGCUCUGCUGGUGCCUUGAGGGUGGCAGGCAGGCUGCCUCUGGCGGUUUGCC